UUUUUUCUCUUUCUUCAUCUUUUAUUUUAUAAUAUUAUGAUGCAGUUUAAUAGUGCAAAUUUGACUGACAAUGUCUUUCUUCUUGUCACUAGUGUCUUUUCUCUUGCUGCUUGGGUGAUUUCAUUUGGUGGAUUAUGUGCUCUUCGUGUACUUGGAAGUUCUUGGUGGAUCAUGAUCUUUGAAUUACUUUUAGUAGUCGGUAUUAUUUUCCUUAUCUUGACUGAUUCGUUUGCACAAUAUAGACUUGUUGUAUUGGCUUUCUUGGCUGUGAGUAUUUCUUAUUUGACUGGUGAAUUAACUCUUGGAAUUAAUUUAACCAAUGGAUCUGUUGGAUAUUAUAAUCGAGGUGGCGCUGGUGGUGCUUAUGUUGCUGGUUAUAUUAUUUUGGUUAUCAUUCAUAUUGUUUGGGUGUUCGUAUUUGGUAGUGAACCUCAUUCUUACUUUGGUCAAUUCGCUCAACAUGGUCGUAAUAGUGUACAACAACAACCUCAUGUCAAUUCUAUUCCUCCUGCUGCGCCAAACAACAACAAUACCAAUAUUGAAAUGACUCAAGAUAAGACUGCCUAUGAAGGUGGUGCUCCUCCUGCUAAUCAAUCUCCUGCCUUGACUCAUCCUUCUAUGGCCACUUCUCCUGUAUUGGAAUACAGUGAACGUGUUGAAGCUCUUCAUGAAUAUCGUGCCAAUCCCGAAGAUCCAAGUGAACUUAGCUUUGAACGUGGUGAUAUUUUGGAAAUUGUCGAUCGUCGUGGUAAUUGGUGGCAAGCUCGUAAGGCUGAUGGUACCACUGGUAUUAUUCCUUCCAAUUACUUUGCUUAGGGUUAGAUUUAUUUUAUUUUUAUAUGUAUUUUCUCAUUAACCAUCUAUCUAUUUUUAUUCUGUAUUGUUCUUUCCUUCUUUUUUUUUUUUAAUACAAAACCCUCUUUGUUGUUAUUGUUUCCAUUAUUAUUAUUAUUAUUAUUAUCCUUGUUACUCUCUAUUUCUUAUUACUAUUAUUCUUUAUUAUUCUUUAUUAUUUUCUUUGCAUUUUAUCGUCUAUCCCUUUUUGUUUCUCAAAUAUAAAAUAAACUUACUUUUUCAC